ACUUUCGCCCCUUGUCCUUUCUGGUCUUAACAUAAUGUUUUUGUCUUUCAAAAAUGUCAACAGCUCCGGUAGACCCUCCAUCACUCCCGGAGCGGGCCCGUGUUCGGUCUUCUGAGAGAUCCGUGCUGGAAGCAACUGGGUUCCAACCUACUCCGAACACAAGUGGGAAAUACCCCAAGAAGAGAAGACGACCACGAAUCAUGCAUGACAUUGCGCAAAAGCCGUCGGGCUCGCCUGCAGAUCUUUUCUUUUCGCAUUUUCAAAGGGAAGCGGAGAGGCAAGAUGGCGCCAGUUGCGUAUUCUUGUUGUGGAGCUCCAAAGAUUCUGAAAUGGCUACGACUUGGGCUGUGGACGUUCCAACCACCAACUUGGAAAAUGAAGAGGAGAUUUUUCAAAAACUGGCAGCGCGAUACGCUGCCGAACGAGGUUUUUGGCGACGCCAUCUUUACUUUCGAGACUUUGCCCGGCUCAGACCGGUCGUUUUCCGAUUUGUCCAUCAGCGCUCAGAGAGAUUCUCAGUCUUUAUGGAGCCGUUAGACCUGUCCAAAUUACGCGAACUCUACUCCGCACGACAGGCAGAAGCGGAGAAAGUCAUUCACUCUAUUACGGAUCUUAAUUCGGAUGAUUUUCCGGACUAUUGCUAUCUCGAAUACUCGGGAAAGUACAACCAUGAUAAUUACAAUUGCCCGAUUAACUCACUUACGGCUUCUAUCGAUUCAGUCUGUCCCUUUGAGGAGUGGGAUGUGUGCAAUAAACAACUGCGUUGGAUUCAAACUAUGCCUUUCCUGUCCUGCUACUUCCGCAAUCCAGCUGGUGCCCGCUCUCAAAACAUUCUGAACAGCAUUAAUGGCCAUGGUUAUAUCCACGACUAUAAGACCAUUAGACUACCAUUCCAUGGCCCUCAGCAACAGGUAAGAGGAUUGGAACUAGACGGUCUCUACGUCGAGAUGGACUGGAAAGUCAGCAAGCGCCUCUGUGUCUUUUUACUUCUCUUUGUUCUAGUUGUACUCUCGGGCAAAUUCAUUUGGGGUAGUUGGGAAAUAGUGUUUGGCGCUGGAAGCUUCUUUAUUGCUCUGCCAGUGUUAACGUUGACGGUGCUCAGUUACUGCGAAGUAUGAAAGAUGGCCAAAGUGGCCGAGUAUAGACUGCGAUGUUCUUUUCAAUAGUUUGGGCAUUGGGUUGAGCUAGCCAGUAUCACAAGCGACAAAGUAUCAUCUAUG